UUCCAGUUUGGGCAAAGAAGAAGAAGAAGAGUCUCCGUCAGUCGGUCACUCGGUCUCCUCUCUGCUCUUCUAUGUCCGAAGCUCUCUUCGUGUCGUCUCCACUCUGCUCUUCUUUCUCUCAAGCUAUGUUCGUGUAGUCUCUGGCCAAGAAGAAGACGAAGCUCUGUUCGAAUCGUCCCCCCCCUGCGCCUAUUUGUAUCUGGCAAAGAAGAAGAACCCAGUUCCUCCACGUCGUUUUCUCGAAUCGAAUUUUGCCUUGUGAAUAACGGUGGAUCUGUCACUGGUUUCAAUUCUAGUAGGGAUCGGAGGGCGUGAUGGUGUCGAGAGAGCUGUUCGGUUGGUCCCCGCCGCACAUACAGUCUCUCACUCCGGUGUCUGAGGUUUCGGAGCCGCCGGAGUCGCCGUCUCUGUAUAUUGAUCCCGGUGCCGAGACUUCGGCGUCGCAACAGGUUGAGGUGGAGGAGGAGAUCGAGGAGCCAGAGGAGGUUGAGCCGUCGCCAGCUGCUGUUCCUUUCUCCCGCCUCUUCGCUUGCGCCGAUCGUUUUGACUGGUUCCUUACUUCCUUAUGAUCUGCUGAAGCUCACGGCACCGCUCUCGUCGUUUACUUGCAUUUCUUUGCCGGCAAGAUGCCCAGUUUCACACGUUCAAGGAGGUUCGGUUUCGUUCUCUUCUUAAGCCCUUACCCUAGAUUUUGUUGUGCGUAGCUAUCUGGAUUUUCAUUUCUGGUAAUUUGAUUUUGCUUUAGUUGUGAAAUGUAUUUGCUGCUUGUGAAUUGUGAUGUUGGAUGAGGUAAUUGAGCAAUGAAUUUUUUUUCACCAAUACUGAAUUGAUUACACUCAUUUGAACACUUCUUCCUGUAAGGGAGCAUCAAAACCGCAAUUCAGGCUGGGUCAGCAUUGGCAUUCACCUCUGCAUUUAUUGAUUUCAGAGGUCAGCGAAUAAAACAUGAUUCUCAUAAGGAGUAUGCUGCCUACAACUCUGCAUUGAUGAAAACUAUUAAGGGUGCAACAACUGGUUUAAUUUCUGGCACCAUCUGGGUACUGUUGUUGCCACCUGGAAUCAUGUUCCUCGUGUUGAGAGAAACGUUGCUCUUCCAGGCCUCAUAAGAACUUUCAAGAUGAUGGGCAACUAUGCAUUGACCUUUGUUGCCAUAGGAGGAGUCUACAUUGGUGUUAAGCAGUUGGUGCAGAACGCUAGGAUGAAGAGGGAUCUUGUCAAUGGUGCUGUAGAUGGUUGGUCAGUUAAUGUGUCUGCAAAUACUGGCACUGGAAGAAGUCAAUAUGUGAAUGCUGGAGAACUAAGUGGCAACACUUCUUCACAUGAAGGACUUAACAAGCUGAUAAACAUAGGGAUGUUAGCUUUAACACUGAUUUGAUACAUAGUGAUAUUAUAGCGUAUAUAAACAUUGUGGGAGCAUAGAACUAAGAUGUAUUUUUUCCUAUGUAAAUUCUCUUGCCGGUACAUAUUUAUUUGUCGCAAUCGGCCAAAACCAAACCCACAUUUAGUAUUUUGAAUGUUGCUUCUUGUGCUUCAUUUACGCAGUGUUAUUGGUUGGUUUGUCCAAAUUAGCUAUAGGUGAUUCUGUUGGAUACUAUCAGACAUGUAGAAUCAGUUCAUUAAUUUUUAUUAAUUUUUUGCAGUAUUGUAAAUUUAGAAUUACUUAUUCAAUCGCCGAUAGUUAUACAAUAGUCUUAAAAUAACAUAGCCCUGAAUGUU